UCCACAAUUCUAAUUGUAUAAUUCCCUGAGCAAUAGCUUUCACAAUUCAUACCAUAACUUCAUCUCAUCAUCACCAACCUUUUGUCCAAUGACAACCACCAACACCAUUGAAAACUCCGAACAUCCAAUCAUUAAACACAACAACCUAGAUGUUGAGAGCCAACGAACCCAAGAAGCAACUGAAGUGACAUUUGAUUACGCCAAGAGAGCACAAUGGCUGCGAGCUGCUCUUUUAGGCGCUAACGAUGGCCUCUUGUCCACCGCAAGCAUAAUGAUGGGCGUAGGUGCGGUUAGUGAAGACGUUAAGACCAUGAUCUUGUCUGGGAUAGCUACACUACUUGGUGGAGCGUGUAGCAUGGCCAUCGGUGAAUUUGUAUCCGUUUACUCGCAAUAUGACAUUGAAAUGUCACAAAUUAAAAGAGAGAUGAAAAAUGGCUUGAGUAACGCUGACCAAAUUGAAGAAAAGAAAAGUGACUUACCUAGCCCUACAAAAGCAGCUGUGGCAUCAGCAACUGCGUUUGCGCUAGGGGCGAUGGUGCCAUUGCUAGCAGCGGCGUUUAUACGUAAUUAUCGUGUGAGGUUGGCCGUGGUGGUGGCCGUGGUGAGCCUGACUCUUAUAGGGUUUGGUAGUUUGAGUGCAAUAUUGGGGAGGGCUCCUUUGGUGAAGUCAACACUUAGAAUUUUGAUUGGAGGGUGGGUGGCUAUGGCUGUCACUUUUGGGUCGACAAAAGCCGUAGGUUCUACCGGUUUGAUUAGUACUUAAAUGGAUAUUAUCCUAUAUGUCAUAAUUAGUGAAAUAUGUUAAGGUGUUUGUUUUCAGUUUAUACAUGAUCAUACAAAAUGAAGUUUGCAUGUCUAGUAUUUUGGACGUCAUUUGUUUUCUUUUCAACUUUUAAUUAUAAAUAAAUAUAUCCGUUUU